AUGACAGAUCGAGAGACUGAAGACGAUUACGUAUAUUUUUGGUUAGAUAGAACCGUCGACACGAGUAAAGUCAAUCGGGAUGUUAAAGGACUAAUUCAACAAAGGACCAGAUGCCGAUUGUGGACAUGUGCCGAACCUGAUGAAUGUAUUAAUAGAAUAACAUCAGAUGAACUAUCAAGCAAACGAGUUAUAUUGAUUAUUUCCAAUGAAUUCGGUCCGAUUGUUUUACGUGUUAUUCAUACGUGCUCGCACAUUCAGAACGUUUAUGUUUAUUGUACUAGUCGAUUGGUUGCCGAACAAUGGUCACAAUCUUAUACGAAAGUAACGCAUAUAUUUACAGAUAAAAAGUCGCUUUUACAGAAAAUCUAUGGAGAUGUUUGUGUAUGGGAUAUCGGCCCUCAAUUACCAAUGAGUGUCUUUCAUCUGGCAGAUCGAGAGAAUGCGUAUCGUAAUUUAACAUCCAAUAGCGCGAAAUUUAUGUGGUAUCAAGCGAUGAUUGUCGUUCUUAGAUUGAUGGCCAAACAAUCGCAUUCGAAAACCGAUAUGAUUAGUGAAUGUUUAGCAAGCUAUCAUGACGAUGAAGUUGAAAAGAAGAAAAUCGAAGCAUUUAACACAGAUUACGUAUCCAAGAAUGUUCUGAGAUGGUAUACAUGUGAUAGUUUCGUGUAUCGUUUGUUGAAUCGCGCUUUUCGAACUCAGAGAAUCGAAAUUAUAUUUAAAUUUCGGUUUUUCAUCGAUGAUUUACACAAUCGAAUUGUUACUCUUUACCAAGAAUAUCUGAAAAAUCUUCCACCAAAUCACAAAUAUGAAUUGACUGUAUAUCGCGGGCAACAUAUGAACAUUAGGGAACUGGUUGUUUUGCAACAAAACGUCUGCCAAUUGAUUUCAAUGAAUAGCUUUUUAAGUGCAACGAAAAACAAAGACCUUGCAAAAGUAUUUGCAGAUACCGGUGAUCAAACUAAUGAUAGCUCAUCGAUACAGUCAGUUCUUUUCAUUAUGAAAAUUUCUCAUAUGACAGAGGAUACGAGUCCGUUUGCAUUUAUUCAACCUUUUUCUUGUAAUCCAAGCGAAGAAGAAGUUCUCUUUUCGGUCGGAACGAUUUUCGAAGUCAAAUCGGUUGUUAAACAUGAACAUACUUGGUAUGUGACUCUACAAUUAAGUGAACAAGAAAAAAUCAUCUGUCGAGAGCUUAGCGGCUAUAUGAUCAAACAUAUCGGACCAAAUCCCAAUGAACUAUCAUUCGGUUGGUUACUCUAUCGUAUGAACGACUUCAGUGAAGCCAGACGAUAUGCUGAAUAUCUUCUCAAACAAUAUUCAAACGACAAAAGAAUCGUGGGUGAUAUUUACACGUUGCUCGGUCUGAUCAAUGAAGCCAGUAAAUGUUUACCAGCAUCGAUUGAAAAUUAUGAUCGAGCUCUGGAUGUAUAUAAAAAGACGGACGUUCAAUCGAUUGCAGUCUUGAUCAAUGCCUACACGAACCUUGGCUUGGCGUACAUCGCUAAAGGUGAUUCGCAAAAAGCAGAUGAACAACGAAGACAGGCGGAAGAAAAACUAGUCAAUUCGCAUGCCCAACAUGAUCGAAAAUUGACGGCGAGAGUUUCGACACUGAAAGGAAGAAUUCAAAGAGAGCGUAGAAAUUAUCAAGAAGCUUUACAAACUUUUCAAAGCGUUUUAGAAGAAAAAUUCGAGGAGCUACCUGAGAAUCAUCCGUCAUUCGGUACAACAUUCACAGACAUGGGAAUCGUGUAUGAAAAACUCAAUGAUAACGAUCGAGCGCUACAUCACUUCAAUCAAGCGCUUAGUAUUUAUCAGAAAACACUGGCACCGGAUCAUGUAGAAUAUGCCGACUGUCUUGAGAACAUGUCACGUGUGAAUGUUAAACUCGGCAAUUCUGCUCUUGCUUCCCAGCAAUCCAAAUUAGCGUUGAACAUCAUGAAUAACAAUAUACGCGAAGAUUUCCAUAGUGAAUGA